AAACACCACCUGCUUAUCUCAAACACGCCAAUCCACCCCGAUCUCAUCCUUAGACCCAAUCUUCUUCGGCUUGCACAAUACACGUCUUGCUACAAAGAACACAGCGCCCGCCAUAGAAGCCCCCACUAUACGAACAUCUACAAAAUGGAAUCUGUCCCGCAAAUCGUACUACCUCCUGAAAUGGACCUGCCUUUGAAAUCAGACGCCAAAUCGAACAACCGCAAAAGCAAGGCGCCGUGGCAGUUGGCGCAGCCACACAGGGCAAAACACCAAGCUAAUCCAUACGCCAAUGCUGGCACCAGCACGGCAGCGCCAUACACAGAAUCCGUCGCCGCCACAGCCGCACCCCCUGCCGGCAACUCCCUUGCUGUUCCAGGAUCUGCGGCCCUGAAAAUACGCAAAAAUAACCGCCGCUUGUCUAUCCACGCACUGGCCACGGCAGCACACGGCCCCCAUUUCGAUGCCGCGGGGCUUCCCCCGUUGCCCUCAAACGCCCUGGUGUACCGCACGGCGACCAACAACUCGGACGUGGCGCUGAUGCGCGCGUACCCGCCUCGGAACCAACGCGAAGACGACGUGGUGGACAUGAUCCGCACCGAGCUCCGUACCAAGGAUGCCACGGCUAUUGCUGACUUCCACCAGUCGCUUGUGGGCCAGCGGGCGCGUGUGGAGAAGCGGGUCCAGGACAAAAUCGACGAGAACCAGAAAAACAUCCUCCAAUUGACGGACAACUUGCAGGUCACGCAGCAGCAGCUUCUCCUGCUCCGUGUUCUGACCAAGGAGUUGUAUGGCAUCAUCCGCGAGCUCACAGACGCCGCGGAGCGGCGCUUGGAGCUCGAGCUUGCCGAGCCUGAUGCGGCGCGUGAUGGCCUGGUGGGUCCGAGACAAACAAAGGGACAGAACAGAGACCGCUCGUCCUUGCAGCUGUUGUACAAGCAUGUAGAUGGUGCGCAGAAGUUUGUGCAAGAAAUGCCCGGCCGCCACAUCUUGGGCGAAAGUGGCCGCUGGCAUGGCAUCAACGUCGGCACGUGGAAGCCAUCUGAGCCCAUUCACCUAUUCUUGCUCAAUGACUCCGUGUUGGUGGCUACUCGUAAGAAAACCCAGGACUCAAGCUCAAAGAGACUCCAGGCCGCGCACUUCUGGCCCCUCGCCGCAGUCGAAAUCACCCAGAUCACCCCACCCAAAAAGCAAGUGACGGACGACUCCCAGGGCUACGUGAUAAAUCUACGCUCGAACUCUUUGAGCUAUGUCUACCAGACAGACCGCUACGACCAUUUCAUGCGCGUCAUGAAUGCCUACCAGCGAGGCAAGGCCGAGGUCUCGAAGAAACAGCGUCUUAUGGAGGAGCAGGAUGGAAGACCAAGGAACACACAAGACGCGGGCCAUCGCAGAAACGCAAGCUCAAACAGCAUCAUGGAUGAGUGCACCGAUAAGCGGCAACUUCGGGACUCAUUGCGGACCUCUGGUCUCACAGAGAAGGGCACACCCCACGCGAGGGACUCAAACAGUGCUCAUAGAUCCAACUCUCACCGAAAUAGCGCCGACAUCAUCUUGAAAGAUCUUUCUGCACGUGUGCAUUCCAGGAACCGGUCUCAUGAUUUCAUGAAACAAGAAAAAACAAGUGCGGACGUCAAGAACCCAGCUCAGCUUUUCAUUGAGCUCAAAACAAAUGAGGACAAGCUCGACGAAGUUGACGUUCACUUGGCUCAUAAUGAGUACAUGAGUGCAGUUGGUCUCAUCAAACACAUAGACGCCAGACUCACCAGUGUUUUUGACAGGAUUCAAAGUGCCAAGCCCGAUGAUAAUCAGGCAGAGGAAUUACGGCUACUAGUCGAUGUUGUAAAGUUGAAGAUUUCCAACCGUAAGAUGAAGGUUCAGGAGGGUUUACUGUUUGACCUUACUCACACAAUUGCUACUUUGACUGUUGAACAGAUUGCCAACAUCAUAGAGUUUUAUUUGAGUUUCGGAAAACUCGAAGAAGGCUUAAAUGCUAUUCUCGAUGCUUUGUCAUCGCAACUAUCUGGAAUUGUGGGCAGGCUCACUUCAAAUGCUCAUGGAUCCACCAGAGUCGACAUCGUGAAUUACCUUUCGAAUCUUAUCAUUGUUCAUGUGCUGAUCAUCAAACGUGCUGUGAAUAUCCAUAGGUUUUGCAUCAUUCCAAUUCUAAAACGCGAGAGCUCGAAGACUGUUGAUUCUAGUGGGUUUGUGACAUGGUCUAUAUCCGAAAUGGAACUGCUUGUUGAAUUGAUCAAGAAACACGCGUCUGGGUCACUCUUAGUGGAGGAUGUGGAUGUGUGGAAAAUCAAAGAUGUGAAGUACUACGACGAGCUUCUUAAAGUAAUGGAAUCUCAGCUCAAGCUCUUGAAGAGCGAGGGCUUGAAUGUGGAUUACUUAUUUGAUGAAAUUAUACAUUGCUCGGCUGUGGGUGCGUGACAUUGGUCUUAGUCAAAAAUAUAUAGAACAAACGGUCAAUCCACCAAGGCUAAUUCAAGGCUAGAGCUUUGCAUAGUAAGACGUGAUGUCAUACUUUUCUCGCAAAAUGGCGCCUUUUCUUUUCAAAUACCAAACAGAUAACACAGAUGCAGAAACGACACCAGCGUAUAUACAAAAUAGUACACCUGUGCCUAAAGCAUUGAUCAAAGGUUCAGUUAUGAAAGUCGCAACCGCAGCCAAAAUCUGACGAACGAGGUUGUUCAAGGCCACGCCUGUGGCCCCUUUUCCCGGUAGAAGAUCGGUUAAAUAAGUCAAUGUGCAGCCAAUAACAAUCAUGGAUCCUAGGCCGAACAAGGUGCUUCCAACUAGUGGAGUUACCCAGUGCUGUUUUUU